GUUUGCGACAUUUACGACAUUUGAGUUGGUGCUGACUCUGAAGAUGCGAAUAUGUUUCUCAAAUUGACAUUAGUUUUGAUUAUUUUAGAAUGUCUUUCACUUCAAUGUAUGGCGUCAUUGUCCGAUGUGACAUCUCUGGUGUUUGGCGAUUCUUCAAGGGGGAUUGUUGCUGCCUUUGGCGACUUUGAUGCUGAUAAAUCAACGGAUAUGUUUGUGGUGUCAAAUGAUGGAAAAAAUCUGUGUUUGCUUCUGGGUCAUGCUGACCUGACACCAACUGUGACAGACAUUCCUUUCCUGAAUCGCACUAUCCUCGACAGCACCGAUAUAGCCCCUCUGUCUAUCACCAGCGUGGUGCCAGCAGACUUCAACGGGGACUCCAUGAUGGAUGUGAUGUUAACACUUCAGGAUAAAGGCCAGACCAGCAACUCCUUGAGUGUCAGGAUUUACUGGGGAAAUGGAGUGAAUGUUGAUAGAAAAUCCCCUCUGAACCUGGAAGAAACAUUAAGGGAUCAACCAACAGUUCUUGAUGCUAAUGGUGACAUGAUCCCUGAUUUGCUUGCGGAGUUCACAAACAAGUCUCGGGCUUUUUGGAUAUUCAGUGAGCACAAGAACUACACAGUCAAGUACGUGCACAACGACACCUCUACCCAGCUGCCGGACCUGUACAUCCCACAGGCAUCGGGAUUCCUUGACAUCAACCACGACAUGACACCAGAUUUGAUCGUGAUGUCUGUUGACUCCCAGAUGAAGAAACAGUUUGAGAUCUGGAAUAAUACAAAUGGAGAGUUCAUUUGGAACCAAACAAUUCCUCUCCCUGAGGAAGCCAUAGAAACGGGACAUCCAACAUUUGUUGACAUGAAUAGCGAUCACCGCAUAAACAUUGUGCUACCAGCAUGCACGGACGCCACAUGUUCCUCCAGUAUGAUCUUUGUGUGGUCUCGGCACAAGUGGCACAAAAUGGGCGUUAACUUCAAAGAAUCAAAUGGCAGAACAUGGAACUUUGUGCCCAUGGCAAAUCAACCUCCUCAAGUGCGUAUUCCCCCGAUGCUACGCGCAGGGGACUUUAAUCUCAACUCCUACCCCGAUGCUGUCACCGUCCUUGCAACAAACUCUAAUGGUAACAAGACAUAUGGAGCAUUUUUCCUGGAGAACGUUGGGUGUUCCUCUGCGUGUGAUGACUUCUCCCAGACCUACCGUGUUGCCUUCAGUGCUCCACUGCAAGCCCUGGGGCCCGACAUGCAGCAGGUGUCCUUCUUCGACCUGCAGGAUGACGGAGUGUUGGACAUCUUGAUUAACACCAUCAGUUCCAAGGAUGCACACAUCACGGCUCUCAGACAGACUUUCUCUGAAGAUGCUUGUUUCCUGAAGGUGAUGGUUGUCAGUGGACUUUGCAAUGAGGAGUGUCCCGGUGGCCACAAGCCCUAUGGCGUGAAUCAAGUGGGGCCAGUCGUCCGAUUCACCACCACGAGAGCAGAUGGGGACACACAGAUUGGAGUGGCCUCCCAGCUUACCCAGACUGCCUACUUUUCCCUCCAACUUCCGUUCAUACAUUUUGGUCUUGGACAGAUGCCGAACUUUGUUGAUAAGUUGGAAGUGGGUAUACAACAUCCCAAGAACAAGCCUCCGCGUCACAAGGAGUGGACUCAGCUCAUUCCCAACUCACAGCUGGUUAUAAUCCCUCAUCCACCAGAUGACCCGUCAUCGUGGGUGAACAUCCUGUUCAUGACCCCAAGUCGUCUGGUGCUGCUGACGGGGGCAGCCCUGUUGGGAACCUGUGGCUUUAUAGCAGGAAUUGUGGGUAUUUUACACUGGAGAGAAAGGGCUGAAGAUAAGAAAGAGAAACUUCAGGAAGCUCACAAGUUUCACUUUGAUGCCAUGUGAAGUGGUUGUUAGACUUCCGACCACACUCAGCUGACGUGACACUUACUCAAUCUACUGGACAUCUUUGGGGCAUGAUUUGACCAAGUUCAAGAAUUAACUGUAAUAGAAUAUGACCAGUAUAUGUCUGGUAGUAAUAAGAAAUAUUUCUUUGCCCUGAAAUCCACACCUUGAUAGAGGAUUGGUAGACUUCUCCUUACAGAACUCUCCGCUAACUUAGUUGCCCCACUUUAGCAACACCUUUUUAGUUGCCCCACUUUAGCAACACCUUUAAAACACCUAUUGUCAUCACUAGUCAGCCAUAGCUAUGGAUAUACAUGUAGUUAAUUAUGGGGAGUGUAAGGUGUAUCUAAAAUUCUGAUCAAAACAUAUGGUCUUGGACAGUGUUCCUCAAAUUCUGUUUUAAGAAGAACUGAAGUUUCCUUCCAAUCCACACACCAAUCCCAGUAACUUACCUAGGUUCUCACAGGCUUGAAGCAGGCCUGUGAAGUCAAUAAAAUGCCUCGACAGGCCUCACAUGUGGUGACAGUGGUAAUCGCUGCUGUUUUCUAAUGUAAUGCCAUCAUGUCGCAAAAGUUGAGUGUGUGACUUGAAUAUUUUACAGUGUAAUUGGAUGUGUAAUCUGACAAUGAAGUACGAUUGUCCUCAAUCGUGUUUGGAAAAUCAUAAUUGGAAGAACUCUUUGAUCUUACUUUUUGCCUUGAAAAGUGUGAUCUUUGCCUACAAAUAUGUUAGCUGAAUAGUCAUACCAGAGAUGGCUUUGUGGAUUGUGGAUCUGGUACAUUAUUUAACUUUUGAAGAAAACACUGCACAUGUAACACCUUGCCAUUUUAUAAUUAGAUCCUUGUGUUAAAGGGUGCAAGGGACAGGGGAACUUAGGUACACACUGGGUGUAGCUCGGUUUCAUUAAAGUGAGAUGUUUUACUCUGAUACUAUAUCCCUCUGUGUAAAGACGUUUGUUGCCAGGUCAACUGCUUAAUCAGCCAAUAAGUGGUACGAGUGAGCGAAGUAUUCAGACAAGCGUGUCUUAUUUCUGUAUCUCGAAAAUGAGUAUCAUCGGUGAGUUCAAAAUGCAUAAACAUAAAAGCAGCAUUAUGUGGUGGAUAUUUUGUGUUUCUGUCUAUGCUGAGCGUCGUGCCUUUACACCCAGAAGUGUGUACUAUUGAGGGUAUAUUUGUGUUCUGUGGCAUUUCUCUUUUGGUAAAAUUAAACUUUCCGAAUUGAGGUGAAGAAAUGAAACCAAUUCUUUAUCGAAAGCUGACACGUGAUUGGCUGAAGAACCCAAGUAUCAUUAAUUUACAUUGGACAGUCAACGUUUCCUCAGAGUUCACCUAAAGUGACCUAUGGACAUGUUGUGAGGUCUUCAUGCAGAGAGGUAUCACAUAGGAGUAUAACAUGCUAUUUUGAUGAGAUUGGGUACAGCUUUCAUAGUUGCCAUAUAUUGUCAGGAUUUAUUCAUAACAAAAUCACAAAAUUCCAAAACUUCUUUUAUUUUUUUAAAUUUAUGCAUACAUUCACAGUUUAUUAUUUCUGUAUUAUUAUUUGAUUUCGAGACAUGGGGAAGUUGGGUCCAUUCUGAGGAAAUAAAGUUGUCAAGGAAACAAUAUGGUGUGAUGCGCUUGGUUUUCUGGGCGUUGUCACCGAGUGCUUGGUAUUUUUCUGUGAUAUUCCAGGUAGUACCUUGGUUGCCUGCAGGUUUAGUUAGAAUCAGGUAGACUUGUCUACAUUCAUGUAGAUAGGGUUUAUUGUAAACUUUGUUAGUAUUGUUGCUGAUAUCUAUGUACUUUGUAAAGCAAAAAUGUUUUUGACCAUGUUCUAAGAUUUUAUUCUAAGUCUUGAUACAAACUGACAGUGCAAUAUGCUUCACCUAUUUCACAAUUAACUUUGCCUGUUUUUCUUUUUAACAUCUAGUAAGAGAUUUUGUUUGUCACUCAUUUGUAAUUGGUACUUUGUAUACUUCUCUAAUUUGGCAGUUCCCCGUGUGGUCUUCCUUGAUGCUGACACUUAUGUGUAAAGCCAGCCCCUCACUAAACCCAUGUGUUGGCAGCACUGCGUGUCAUUAGCAAAACAAAACAAAACACACUCGUUUUAAGAAAAGCAACCUAGAUUAAUGCAGCGCAGCAUCAGCAGUAUAUUUUUUUAAUUGCAAAAAAAGCAAUUUUUGCUGCUUGCGGCCCUGACGCUUUGGGAAGUCCCCUUUUUUAUGAUGUCAUUUCCAGGUGAUAAUGAAACACAUGGUUUGACAAAGAAGUCUUUCUUGAAGAAAAAACAAUGCUAAAAUCACAAAUAAAUGAAGAAUUAUUGAUUCUUGAAGAAAGGAAACAUCUGUGUCUGUAUCCCAUUACAAAAAAUGUCGAAAUUGCAAAUAAUUCUUAGACAGCCAUCAGCAAAGUUUGUCAGUUUAAAUAAUUUAAAUCAAAUCCCUUUGCACAUUUAAGAUCUGAAAGAUUAUGUCUAUUCAAGGGAUAUCUUAUUUUUUAUAUUUCUUAAACAAAUUUCAUCUUUAUUUGGUAAAUGACAAUGUUUACUGCAUUGAAGAUCUGUCCAAAUAUGGGUUAAAUAAUUACACACCGACGCGAUGCACUGCACGGUGCUGUCGCAGUGUUGGGUUUAGUGUGGGAAGGCCUUAAGGUUGAGAGAUGUGAUAUGUGUUAACUUGAUCUGUAUUAGUCUUGCCUUUCUGCAUAAUGGUAGCCUCUGAGAACUGGAAGCAUGGCUGUGUACGUCUGGCUGUGCUUUACACGACAAUUUGCUUCAAGAGGAGUGUGUUGGGUUUAAUGCUGACUUGGGCAGUACUUCAGUGAUAUCACCAAUUGUUGUUUUCCACUUAUGAUAGGCGUUUAACAAGAAACAAGAAUGACUGUUGGCGUGAAUUUGUGCUUUGAAGCGCCAUGACCAGGUGCUGCUGCGAUGACUUAGGUGCUCUAUUCUGAACUGGGAAUGGCAGCACCUGUGGCCACCCAUGCUCUUUCUAUUCCAGAUAGACCUGUAUGAGAAUAUACACAUACACAUACACAUACACAUACACAUACACCCAGACCAGAUUAAUGACACUACAAUAAUCCAUGGUCUAUGGUGCUGCAAGUAUCUGUGCAGAGUUAUGUCCCUUUUGUCUGUCUGGAUCCUGUGACCUGAAUAUUAAAUAUUCAGAUUUGCCCAAAUUAUGCUCCUUCAUUUGUCAGCACCAUACUUAUGCUUGUGGGUUUCACCAAAGUGGUAAAAUCUAAGACCUGGAUGCCAUGGCUGUGAAAUAACUGGAGUACUGUUUAACUCACUCUCUCACUGUUGAACAACAUUUCCCUAGUCUGGAGUAGGGUCUGCACCAACCAGGUUUGUUUGUGUAUAUGAUUUAUUAUUUAUUACCUUUAACAUCACCUUUUAUUUGUAUAUCCUGGACAGUUCAUGUUCCGAAUGUGUCAUCUUGUGCUUCCAUGAUAUCAUUUCUCAUCGUGUGGUAAUCAGCAUGAUCUUGUGUGUAUGGUUUAAGGUUUUUAAUAUUUUCAGAAUUUCUGUUUUGUUAAGCUCUCAACAUUCCAAGACAACUUUGUCUGGGCAGCAUGAUGCCAAUCUGGCCCUUUUCUGUUUCCUUUUACCUCGUUUGCAAUUUUGCAUACUUGAAGUUACAUGCUGUACAUUUGGAAACCAUUAAUAUUGAUCAAGUGAAGUAACUCUUCUUACCUGAUAGCAAUGUGUCGUUGUGUUGCAACUGUUAUAUACACAGUCCCAUGUAUAAAUGAUUUCUUGGAAAGAGAUGCAUUAUGGGAAACAUGCGCUCGUUUCCUUUGGAUCAUAUGCACAAUACAGAAAGUAUGAUAGUAUGUUUUGGCAGAGCAUCUUUCGUGACUAGUGAUAUAGAGUGUGUGAAAGAGUGAAGGUAUUAUUUCAUUGCAUGCGUGGUAGUUUACAGGUUUGUUAGAAGUGUUUAGCUGAGGCCCCUGUAUGCUGUUAUUUACCUAUACAGACAACAAGCAGUUAAUGGAGAAUCAGUCUGCUCAACUGUAAAUAGAUGACAAUGUGAAACUAUUUGUGUUGGCCAAUUCACGACCUAACAUGAGAAUACAAUGAUGACAGUGUUUGCAGGAAGUUGGUUUGUGGUUGCUAAGAACUACUGUCAACCACAUCUGUUACUGGUAACUAUUCCUAUGAAAAUAAUCAUAGGAUACAUCAUGUACAUCUCAAAAUCUAAUUUGAACUGUUUUGCUUUAUGACUGGUUUUGUCAGGUGGUGUCCGUGGUCUGUGUAAGAGAUUGGGUGACAAUCUUUAGAGAACAAAGGUCCAGUUUGUUAGAUCUUACGACCUGGUGCUACCCUACAAACUGAUCAUCUCCAUGCCCUGUUUACAAACUUGUAUACGUAUUUAUUUUCAAAUGCCUGUACAUACUGUGUCUAUAUAUUUAUGUCUGUUGACAAUAAAAGUUUGUUUUCCAAA